CUUCUCAUUUGUGGCUCUUUAUAUAUAUUUCUGUCUAUUAUUUCUUUUAUUAACAUAAGCCUCUUUGGUCCACUUUGCCUUUUAUAUCUUGCCUUUCAAGUACUCUCUUCUUCUUCUUCUUUCUUCUUAUUUCUCAUUUCUUCUUCUCUUCAACCUCUCUCUUUCUGCAACUCCUCCUCCUCCUCCAUACCUAGAGAGGCAUGCCUGAAUGUCCAGAGAAAGGGAGAGAUUUGAUGAGAUAGGGAAGAAGAUCAAGAGAGAAUCAGAUGUCUCAUCUCAAAUGGGAAGAAGACACAUGUUGGGUCCACCUGGAACCCUAAAUACAAUUACUCCUUGUGCUGCUUGUAAGCUCUUGAGAAGAAGAUGUGCUCAAGAAUGUCCCUUUUCUCCAUAUUUCUCCCCACAUGAACCCCAAAAGUUUGCUUCUGUUCACAAAGUUUUUGGUGCCAGUAAUGUCUCCAAGAUGCUAAUGGAGGUUCCAGAGGGCCAAAGAGCAGAUGCAGCCAAUAGUCUUGUAUAUGAAGCUAAUGUAAGGCUAAGAGAUCCUGUUUAUGGAUGCAUGGGUGCAAUUUCAGCUUUGCAGCAACAAGUUCAGUCCUUACAAGCUGAACUUAAUGCAGUAAGGGCUGAAAUUCUCAAAUACAAAUAUAGAGAAGCAAAUAUUCUACCUUCUUCUCAUGUAGCUUUGCUUUCUACUGGGGCCGUUUCUGUUGCUGCACAAUCUCCAUCUCUACCUCCUCCGCCGACGACGCUGCCUCCCCCUCCUCCUCCUCCUCCUCCCCCUCCUCCUCUUUCUCCUCUUUCAUCUUCUUCUUCCAUUUACACUCAUCACCAGGCAACCAGUGCCACCGAUUAUAGCACCAUUUCAAAUGAAAAUGUCUCCUUCUUUGGUUAACUAAAAAUUUCUUGCCAUUAUGAAUCAUCAGGUUGAGCAAAUACAAAACUUCUUGGGGGGAUUGUUUAAUUAGUUUUGGAUUAAUUACUGUUAAUUAAAACCUUGAUUGAGGCCUAUAUAUCAAGUCUUUAGAUAUUGUUGGUUGAUAUGUUUCUAUCUUCUCCACUUUUUCUUUUUUUUUUUUUGAUACUGAAUUUUCUUGUUUUUCACUUCUCUUAUUGUCAUGUCUCUUGAAACCAUCUACCUAUCUAUGACCUUAACUACUUCUUCCAUUAGAAUUAUGCUUGAAAAUUUCUAUAACUUGAGGACAUGAACUUGCAAAAGAUUCAAGGUUCAUCAAUGGCUUAAUUAACAACUCCAUUGAAAUUGAUUAAUGUGUGUGAAUGUAUGCUAGCUGGAUCACUACAGACAAUUUUCUCGACAUGUUAGUCAGUGCCAUUGAUGAAGAUUCUAAAUGUUGCUUCAAGUGAUGGGAGACAAAAGGUAUGGCUGUGAUAAUCCCCAUAUAGAGAUUAGAAACCUCUUAAGUAUUGGUUAUGUUUACAAUACUUGGAAAACAUGUAGGAGAAGCCCUUUUUUUUAUUAUUAUUAUUAUUUUAUAUUUUAUUACAUUUGCUAUAUUCCUCUAUUACCCUUGUAAUGAAUAGUUGGAAAAACUACGAGUGUUUGAAGAUUCUUCAUUUCUA